CGUACUCUUUCGAACAGGUAUCCAUGCUCCUUGUUCCCUUCUGUCCAGUCAGAUGCGAGCUUGCCACCAUGCGGUUCUAAGAAGCAAUCUUAAAGAAAGAGCUGUCCACGCCGUCCCGCUGCUUCUACUGCUGCGCCUGUUGCUUUAGCUGUCUCGCGGCCCCUCUUCCCAGCUUCCCUUGUCUCCUGGUCCUGUCGAUCAGUCCCAAUUCCAAUAAUUAAAGCCAGCCUCAAUCCAGAUUUUUCUUCCUUCAGGCUUCGCGAAGAAAAAGAAAACCAACUCUCCGUCCAAACUUAGGCCGGGCCUAGACUGUCGCCAGGCACGUCUACAUAUACAUUCGCACACACCGCAUCGUUACAGCGUGUCGUGCAUCUUGCUCUUGCCUUCCCCUGGACUCGAGCCAUCUUAUCGGAGGCAGUCUCGACGAACCCUACUCCUUUCCCAAAGCACUUGGGGGCACAAUCAGCCAUUAUUGAUUGUUGCCUAACAUUUUCCUUUCCUCCUUCAUCUUCUACUCUCAGGUUAUACUACUUGUUUGUUUAAGAUGUACGUCGACUUAUAACCAGCCGUUGCAACUCGCAACCCCUUGUUUCUUUCUUGAUAUUCUGUUCAUCAGCAAGCGAGCGUUUCUCGAUCUUCUUUCUUCAUUUUUGAAGUUUUCAAAAAUCUCUCUCGACAUCGUGUCAUCCUGAAAAGAAAAAAGCCUCUACAAUAUUCGUUGUCAUGGCUCCCAACCUCUUUCUCUGUUUGCGGAACGUGUUCUGCCCGACCUACUGGUUCCAGCGUGGAGAACGCAUCCAAGGUUCUAUCCACAAAGAGGAACAUUGGGAUAGUCCCGUUCCUGGCAUCUACAAGUACAUCCCCGGUCGAGGAUGGCAUCUUGUCUACAAAGACGGCAACGAUAACGACGAAAAAGUGCCUGUUCCGCUUGUCUAUUGCCGGAUCCUUCACCGAUACAUCUUUGAACAUGAAAUGGAGGAGCGCUGCCGCUGGCAUACCGUGGAAACCCACGAAGGCGCCAAGCCAGAAAAAUUCAUGUUCUUUCUCCUUGAUGAUGGAUACACCUGGGUGGCCGGAUGGGAUGCCAAGGGCAAAUUCAUUCCCGGUCCUUACCAGAAAUGGCACUACGAUGCAGAGUCGAGGACCCUGCGCCGGGUGCUGUUCCCCGAAAGCUCGAAUGUGUCCCGGGCUAGCAUUUUGCCGAACAAGAUGAACUGAUCCUUACAUGGUCCUUCGUCUUCGAGUGGGAACAAACCGAAAACUUCUUUUGCUGUCAACACACUCGGUUUGACCAUCGCGAUGCUAUCUGCAGCUGGAUUCUACAGAACAUGCGAUGGUCGAUUGCGCGUGCACACGAUUGAUUGAUUGCUAUAUGGGAUAGCGUUUAAGCGCGGUGUCUUUCUUACAUGCCUUUCUUCCGUUCUUGUUGCCUUUUUUUCUUUCUUUUCUUAUUUUUUAUGAUGAUAUUCACACAUGAGCCUGUAAUGCUGGGAUGAAUCUGCUUUUUCUGCAGUGACCUUGUUUACAAAGCGACAAUGGCGUUCGGGUCAAGGUCAUAGAAAAUCGGAUAGACUUUGCGAUAGAGCACAUGAGGGUUUGGCCUGCGGUCUUCUUGUUCAUUUCACAUCUUUUCUAAUUGUUAUAUUUCGGGUGACUGAUCAUUCAGCGAACCGCACAAUGGAGCAAAGGACAGUCUAUUUUUACACACUACUUAAUAUCUUAGCAUGAACGUAUUUGUCAUGGUUCACUUGAAGCUCAAAAUUGAGAGAUGUACUCGGGUAGACAUUGUGG